AUGCGGGACGCGAAGUGCGCGAAGUGCGACGAGGGGGUUCAGGUGCAGGACGGCGAGCCGUGCGCCGCGUGCGGGGCGGACGGCGCGGCCGGAGAGCCGAUGGACUGUCAGGAGGGCCAGGGCGCGGAAGCGGGCGCGGGAGCGGCCGGGGGGGACUCCGACGAGGAUCAGUUUGAGUACGACUACUCCGACGAGGACAUGGAGUGCGACGACAGCGACGCCGAGGCCGAGAGCGACGACGAUUCCGCAGCGCCGCAGCGCAACAAGCCGACCAAGGACACGUUCGUCUGGAAGUGCGCGCACUGCAAGGAGGCCCAGGAGGGCAGGAAGGACCUCGUCGCCCCGGACAACGCAGGGCUGGGGCUCCUGUGCAGGCCCUGCCUGCGUGCGGCCGUCUUGUCCGGAUAUGAGAGUCUGGGCGCCGGGACGCCCACGGACGCGGCUGCAGCUGGCAGCGGAGCAGGGCUUUCGGACGCCGUGGCAGCGGGCCUGACGAUCCCGCUCGAGAACAGCCCGCUGGGACCGCGAGAUGUGCUCGAGUCGAGCGGGUUCGGCGGCCUCGUCGCGCUGUGCGAGCGCCUGUGGGCCGUGCUGCACCCGCUGGCGAGCCGACGCGCCGCAGCGGCACAGAACGACCGCAACGCCAAGGUCGGCGCCGCAGCCAAGGCCGGCAUCGACGCGCCGCAGCAGCCGAUCGACUUCCCGUCCUCCGCGACGGACAGAAUCCUCGUCGGCGCCGCAGAGGUCUCCCGCAUCGUGACCUCGGCGCGGGAGGACGUCAAGCGGAUCACGGCCACGCAGCGGGCUGCCGACACGGGUCGCAGCACCAGCGCGUGGGCCGCUGGCACGGGCUACGGCGGCUCGACGAGCCGCGCGCGUCUGACCAGUCGGCCGCGCGAGGACGACCCGGACCUCGCGCCCGCGCUCGGAGCCAUCCUCGCGGGCCUGAAGGAGAUCGCGUCCACGCAGCCCGAGCCGCCGACGUGGUGGUGCAGCGAACUCACGCCGCCGCUGCCGGCCUACGCAGCGCUGCUCGCCACGCUCCCCGACGCGCUCCUCACGCUCCUCUGCACGUCCGUCCUCGAGAUCUCCCAGCGCGUGGACGUCUUCCGCAAGGUCCUCGCGCUCGUGCGCACCUGCGCGCAGCACGAGCUCCUGCUGCCGCUCAUCGCGCUGCCCGCGGACGUGCUCGCGGGGCAAGGCGCGCCGGGCGCCCCGCGCCGCGCCGUCAUGGACCAGCUCGAGGACCUGUACGGCCAGGCGAAAAUGCAGGCCCGGUUCGACGUGUCGGACCAGCGGGAGGACGUCGAUCUCAAGGCGUGUGCGGUCGACAUCACGGACACGUGCGUGCACGUGCGCGCGGCGUGCGCGAAGUACGUCGAGCUGUACGGCGAGCUCUUCGAGGCGCAGAUCGCGGCGUGCCGGGACUCGCGCGACACGUUCGCGGCCGGCCUGCCUGACGUGGCGACGCUGCAGGCCGCGCUCGCCGACGGCGCCGCGCGCGCCGCGGCGGCCCCGGCGGUGGCCGCGGCGGCCGAGGACAAGGGGGCCGCGGAGGGCGACGGGGCGCCGGACGCCGCGGAGGCGAAGCGCGUCAGGUAUAAAAAGGCGAUGGCGAAGUUCUUGAUGGUAGAAGCGGACCUCAAGUCGCACUACUACGCGUCGCAGGCGGACGCGGACCAGUCGACGCUGCAGGGCGAGACGCAGCGGAAGUGGGCGCGCCGCAUCAUGUCGGAGCUCUCCACCAUGGAAUCCGGACUCCCCCUCGAGUAUGACGCCACGAUCCUCCUCGCUUGGGACCCCAACAACCUCGCGCUGCUCCGGGCGGUGGUGUUCGGCACGUCGGGGCAGGACGAGACGCCGUACGCGCACGCGCCGUUCGUUUUCGACAUCUUCCUGCCCCCGCUGUACCCCACGACCCAGCCCAAGGUGAAAUUCCUGACCACGGGCGGCGGGCGCGUGCGCUUCAACCCCAACCUGUACGCCGAGGGCAAGGUGUGCCUGUCGCUGCUCGGCACGUGGCAGGGCCCCUCCUGGGACCCCGCGAGCAGCACGCUGACGCAGGUCCUCAUCAGCAUCCAGGCCAUGGUCCUGUGCCGCGACCCAUACCUGAACGAGCCGGGCUGGGAGGAGCAGCAAGGCGCGGGGCGGCGCAACGUGGUGGAGUACUCGCUGAAGCAGCGGUACCACACCGUCGCGUGGGCGCUGCUUCCGGCGAUCACGCGGCUGCACCAGCAGGGGUCGUACGCGGAGCUGGCCGAGGGCAUCGCGACGCACCUGGCGCUGCAGUGCGACGACAUCUGCGCCACGCUGGACCGCUGGCAGAGGGAGGCGAGCGAGUGGCUGACGGACCCCGGAAACUGUCCCGGAUCCGGCAUGGACGGCGUCAUUUCGGACACGUGCGUGCUCAUGUCGGACUCGCAGCUCCAGCGGACCCGUGCUGAGUUCCUCGGGGAGGCGGCGGCGGCGCCGACACGCACGGCGCCGACCGUCCGCCGCACGCGCUCCCAGACGGCAGCGGCGGCGGCGGGGGCUGCCGCCGCCCAGGCCCCGUCCUGGCAGGCCGCCGCCGCCGCCGUCGCAACCGACGCACCUGACGAGCCCCCGUCCGCGACGGGCGCAGCGCGGCGGGCGGACAAUGGAUGGCGGACGCGGAAAGUGCAGGAGUUCCUGACGCGGAUGGCGAGCGCGGUGGGCGUGGCGAAGGAGCUGCUGACUGUGCACAGGGACCGGUGGGAGCAGGGCGGCGCGCAGGCCCGGGCUGCCAUGGAGUCCUGA